AUGACAGCCAUCCUGGAGCGGAUCAGCACGCUGUCCCUCAGUGGGCAGCACCUCAGCCGUCUCCCCAGGCUGCUGGAGGAUGGCUUCCCCAAGAUGCCUUGCACGGUCAAAGAGUGCGAGGUGCCGCAGCUCUUCCGUGAGCCGUACAUCCACACCGGGUACCGUCCCACCGGCCAGUACUGGCGGUACUACUUCCUUAGCCUCUUCCAGAAGCACAACGAGGUGGUCAACGUGUGGACUCACCUCCUGGCGGCGCUGGCUGUGCUGCUGAGAUUCAAGACGUUUGUGGAGGCUGAGCAGUUGCCCGUGGAUGCGUGGUCCUUGCCUUUGCUCAUCUUUGUCCUCUCCUCUGUCACUUACCUGACCUGCAGCCUCUUGGCCCACCUACUGCAGUCCAAAUCGGAGCUGUACCACUACACCUUCUACUUCAUGGACUAUGUUGGAGUCAGCAUCUACCAGUAUGGUAGCGCCCUGGCUCAUUUCUACUACAGCUCCGACCAAGCCUGGUAUGACAAGUUCUGGCUUUUCUUCCUGCCAGCAGCUGUUUUUUGUGCCGGCUGCUGCUAUGCGAAGUACCGGUACCGGCGGCCUUACCCCAUCAUGAGGAAGAUGUGCCAAGUGAUCCCAGCCGGGCUGGCAUUCAUCUUGGAUAUCAGUCCUGUUGCUCACCGGGUGGUUGUAUGUCACCUGGGGGGCUGUGAGGAAGAUGCUGCUUGGUACCACACAUACCAGAUACUGUUUUUCCUUAUCAGUGCUUAUUUCUUCUCCUGCCCAGUCCCUGAGAAGUACUUCCCUGGCUCCUGCGAUAUCGUUGGCCAUGCUCACCAGAUCUUCCACACCUUCCUGGCAGUCUGCACCCUAUCACAGCUCGAGGCCAUUCUUUUGGAUUACAAGAACAGGCAGGAGAUUUUCCUGAAGAGACACGGGCCUUUCUCUGUUUACCUCUCCUGCAUUUCUUUUUUUGGCCUGGUGGCUUGUAGUGCCAUCACAGCUUACGUCCUGCGAUGCAGGAUCAAGGCCAUCCUGGCUAAAAAGGACUCCUGAGAGUCAUGAACAUGAUGGGCAUGACAUCACCGGGGCGGGGGGUGAAAAUCAAGGGGCAUAACAUAUUAGGGACAUAACUGUCUUAUUUGCCUAACACACUGUGACUAACCAGGACCCUGGACUUGGGUGGAGGGCUGGAGACUUCAUGCUAUAUGCAUUUUCACAGCAGGGACUGCCUUUUGCCAUUCAGGGGGACAUGGAUGUGUUUUAAGCCAGAACACUUAACCAAGGAUGCUGAAAUAGGCAGAGGUUUCUUGUUCAUUCUGGUA